AUGCUAUCCGAAGUUGACGUAUUUAUCAGUAAUUAUACUCUUGUUGAUCCUGAAAUAUAUCAACUUUGGGUUGAUGGCCAUUCUUCAAGCGAAGCAGUAAACAUUUUACAUCAACGAGGAAUAUGUCAUCAAACAAAUGCUCCGAUUGAAUUAGUGGCUUCUGAUAUUCUUGAUCAUUAUCGGACGUAUGCUCUUCUGGAAAAAUUACUUCAUACACCUACUAAAUUAGCGAGUGAACAACUCGCGUUUCAAAUAGAACCACAAACUAGUCAGAUGCUUAUCGAAAUGUACUAUGAAUUCGAUGAUGUUGUUAUUAGAGAAUUAUUAGGUAAAAAAUUAACAUCAAAAAGUAGAAAAGAUAUGGACGAGGUAUCGGAAAAAACAGGUAUAACUUUGAAAAGUUGUCGUCGGCAAUAUGACAACGUAAAAAGAGUGUUCAAGGUAGUUGAAGAUUUGCCAGUCUUGGCUGCCAAUAUUGAACAACAUUUUUUACUCUCUGAAGAUCUUGCUAAGCGAUACGCCGCUGUGGUAUUCGUAGCAUGCCUUCGAUUUGAAAUGAAUAAGAGAAAGCUUCAGUUUUUGACAUUUCCUGAUUUAUAUCAUUGCGCCAACAGUAUGAUGUCAUCAUGGACAUAUCGUUGUGUUGGAUCGGAAUAUUUUGAUACUGAUUUGGAUAGAGAAUUCUUGUUAGAGUUAGCAGAAUGUAGGGUACUCUUGGAAAAUGAUAAACAUCACAAACAUUUGGUAUGCAUCAAGCUUAAACCUUUACUCUUAGAGCGUUCAAGUAUCUAUCAAGAGAUAGAUGCAAAUUUUCGUUCGUAUACAAGAGCUAUUCUAGGAAUAGGAUGUAAUCUUCAUCGUUCUAGAGAUUUACGAUUUUUCUUCUUGGAAUUAGUAGAAAGAUGUAUAGAACCGUGGCGUCAAGUAAAUUGGACACAUACAGAUCUCAGAAAUUUUCUUUCAGUCUACACUCAAUGUGCAUUAGAUAUGGAUGUUCUUAGAGACAAUGAAUUGAGGGAUGCUUUUGAACGUUAUAUGACUGUUGUUACGUGCUGUUUAUUGCGUAUGUAUCAUACAUGACUAUUAACAACUAAUGAGGAAAAUACAAUGCAAAAAAUAAAUGCAAUUGGGAAUGAUGAUAAGUAAAAUGUAGAAAAUAAAACGAAUCGAGAACGAUGUAGCUAUAUUUAUUAUUAAAUUUUCAUAAUAAAUAAUUAAUAAA